AACACCAAAGCUUAGCACACGAGAGCCGGCUGGAAACAGCCCGGAAAUUCCUCACGAAACAGCAAAAACGGCCAGCUUCAUCAACAAACCCGUCUUCCCAAUCCUCGACGAGCCCGCUUUUAUCGACGUGCUCGACGCUAUUCGGAGCAGCAGCCUGGCAGUGGUCCACCGUUGGGCCGCCCAGUUUGAUGCUGGCACAGUUCCACGGGAUUCGAUUGGACUGCCUGAGUUCAACGUGACCCUCAAUACCAGAACCUAGACCUCACACGUGCGCGAACCGUUCAAGAACGCGUGGCUGAUGGGCGACGCAAGGAUCAUCGCGUGCAUGGUCAGUACGCUAGCCGACCUCGGCGACGCGCAGCUGCAGGUCUUGUAUCUCUCAUUCGCAACGAAACGGAACCGCGCCCUCGAGGACUGGGUGUUCUCGACGCCUUCUAGGGUGGACAGCCGGGAGGGGGUCUACAGGAUUCUCCUUCAUGCCGGCGAGCGAGACGAGGCUCUCAACUUGCGCCUGCUCAAGUUCGUAAGCAGCGGCAGCAACAGCGAUAACAACAGGCGGAACAAUAACCUUGACCCCUUCAAGGGCACGUCGGUAUUGCAGCUAGUGGCUAGACGGGGCUUUGCGAGCUGUGUUCGGUUCCUGGUCGAGGGCUGCAGCGUAGACACCAACCACGUCUUUACAAGACAUGGUACCCAUAAAGUGCCUACAACGGUGCUGACGGAGGCCGCCGAGCGUGGCCGUGUCGCCGUAGUGCGGUUUCUGGUGGCGGGACGUCAUUGCAGUCGGGCAAUCGUCGACUUUGAGACGGAGAUGAGCAAGUCUGCUGCGCACCUCGCCGCGGCAAACAGCCAUGAAGAAAUCCUACGGCUCCUGAUGGACGACAACAGAACGGCCACGGAGGAAUUUCGAAGGCUUCUUGGGAUCUGCCAGCUGAGGGAGGCAGCCAUCAGCGGCGACCUGGAAAUACUGGGCUAGCUUUGAUCUAGAAGCAUCCCGUCGAUAUUCUGGAUCUACACCCGUACUCUCCGCU